AUGGCGAUUCCGAUGACGAGAAUGAUGGUUCCCUCUUCACUUCGUCUCUCGCCUACGAAUAUAUCCAACUCCACUCGCUUUGCUUUUCUUUGUCGCUGUGCUCCAUCAGAACUCCAACCACUUCGGACUGGACUCUCUCUGUCCGCGGGAGUUCAUGCUAUCCCGCAUCCAGAUAAGGUAGAAAAAGGUGGGGAAGAUGCUCUCUUUGUAAGUAACUAUAGAGGAGGUGUCAUAGCUGUUGCAGAUGGUGUUUCCAGCUGGGCUGAACAAGAUGUUGAUCCUUCUUUGUUCUCGAAAGAGCUUAUGGCUAAUGCUUCUCGUCUUGUUGAUGACGAAGAGGUAAGAUAUGAUCCUGGUUUCCUCAUUGACAAAGCUCAUACCGCAACUACCUCCAGAGGUUCUGCUACAAUUAUUGUAGCCAUGCUUGAGGAAGUUGGUGUUCUGAAAAUAGGCAAUGUUGGAGACUGUGGACUCAAGCUUCUUCGACAAGGUCAGAUAAUAUUUUCGACUACUCCACAAGAGCAUUAUUUUGACUGUCCCUACCAACUAAGCUCUGAAGGGUCUGCUCAAACCUACCUAGACGCCUCGUUUCACAUAAUGGAAGUAAAGAAAGGAGACGUGAUCGUGAUGGGUUCAGACGGGCUUUUCGAUAACGUAUUUGAUCAUGAGAUUGUUAACAUAGUGACCAAGCAUACAGAUGUGGCAGAAUCAUCGAGAUUACUAGCUGAACUGGCGAGUAUUAAUUCAAGAAAUCCAGGAUUUGAGUCUCCAUAUGCAUUGGAAGCAAGAGCCAAGGGGUUUGAUGUUCCUCUCUGGAAGAAGGCAUUGGGAAUGAAGCUUACAGGUAAAAAAAAAUUGAUAGUUCCAUUAUUACAGAAAGAGCAGUUUCUGAGUUUGAUCUUUGGUUCUUGGAAAAAAAAUGCAGGAGGGAAGCUUGAUGAUGUGACUGUUAUCGUUGCCCAAGUGGUGGACUCUUGA